GGGCUGCCCCUGAGGUCCCCGGCCGGGCCGGGGUCUGCCCCUCCCCCCGCGCUGCUCCCCUGUCACUGGGGGGGGGCCCUGCAGGCUGGUGCUGAGGCCCCGCCGCAGCCGAGUUAUCGCAGCUCCGCUGAGAAAUAAGCGCUGCUCGUUCCGGGCAAAAGGCUGGACAACAGGUGCCCUGGGUCCCCAUCCAGGCUCUCCCACUAGGAGACCGCGCUGCCCGGAAUACUCGGCGUCCACUUGUGUCCCCCAGGGAUAUUUGAGACGUUUUGGUGGGUUACGCAGAAAUGUACCAAAGUAGGUGGUGGGUUUAUGGGGGAAGAUUUAAAAUACGGAGGCUUUUCUCUCCUAGCUUCUAAUGAAAUGAUCUCGGGCUCUGAAAUGCAAACAGCAACAAUCUUUUGAAUUUCCUUCAGUUUUUCGUUAGGACUUUGAUCUCAAAUCAAGUCAGCUCCUCUAGCUGUGAUCUGGCCCACGGUGACUUUGAAGAUUUUGGAUCUUACAGUUGCCUGAACUCACGCCAACGGGGGGGGAGCGGGUAGGGCGUGGGUGGAAAAAUGCCCGACCGUGAAAGCUACAACAACGGCAGCAGCAGCGAUGAGGCAGGCACCAACUCAGACGACAUCUGCCGUGACUUCCUGCGCAACGUCUGCAAGCGAGGCAAGCGCUGUCGCUUCCGGCACCCUGACAUCAGCGAGGUCACUAACCUGGGCGUGCGCAAGAACGAGUUCAUUUUCUGCCAUGACUUCCAGAACAAGGAGUGCGUGCGUCUCAACUGCCGCUUCAUCCAUGGCACCAAAGAGGACGAGGACUAUUACAAGAAGACGGGAGAGCUGCCCCCACGCCUUCGCCAGAAGGUGGCCGCUGGGCUGGGCCUCUCCCCGGCAGACUUGCCUAACAGCAAGGAGGAGGUACCGAUAUGCCGGGACUUCCUAAAGGGCGACUGCCAGCGGGGAGCAAAGUGCAAAUUCCAGCACUUGCAGCGAGAGUACGAGUAUGACGCUCGGGUCAUCGCGGCCCGGGACCAGGGCAUUGCCACCACCGUGCGCCGCUACGACCCCUAUGAUGUCAUGUACGACCCUGACCGCUAUGACGACCAUGACCCGGUGCUGAAGAGGAGGCGCGUGGAUGGGCUGCACUUCGAAACCUACGAGUACAGCUUCACCAGCCCGCGCACAGUGGAGUACCGGCUCUUGGAGGAGGAGAACAUCAUGCUGCGCAAGCGCGUGGAGGACCUCAAGAAACAGGUCAACAACCUGCUGGCGACCAACGAGGUGCUGCUGGAGCAGAACGCCCAGUUCCGGAACCAGGCCAAAGUUAUGACUCUGAGCUCCACCGCCACAGCCACUGAGCAGACCCUGGCCCCGACCGUGGGCACCGUCACCAAUUAUAACCACAGUAUUGCCCAGACACACACCACACUCAGCAGCCAGGCCCUUCAGCCGCGCCCCGUCACCCAGCAGGAUUUGGUGGCUCCGGCUGGAGCCCAGGCAGCACCCCCUGCCAACGCAGCACCCCCUAUGAACCCUGAAAUCACCCCGCUCUCGGCUGGCUUGGGUCAGGACCCCCCACUCUCCAUGGCGCCGGGGGCGGUGUCAGUGGCGCCCGUGGCGGUUUCAAUAGCCCAGCAGCUGGGAGGUAUCACUAUGAGCCACGCCACCACACCCAUGGUGACGUACCCCAUUGCCUCGCAGAGCAUGAGGAUAACGGCCAUGCCACACUAACCGCCCCCCUAAAGGGCCUCAUGCACCGCUGUGGCUCCGUGCUGUUCGGAGCCGCCCACAGCAGGUGGAAGGGCUCCAUCGCCGGCGGGACUUGCUCGUUCCUUUGGGGAGACAGGAACCAAGAAGGAAGAAUCCAAAUGUGAACCAGAAAACCCUUGGAACCCUCUCUGUCGUUAGGGAGAGGUCUUUUAGGAGACGGGCUUUCCACCCUGCAGGCGAGUGACUUGGAUUUCCAUGAACCCAUAGCAACUGCGCAUGGUCUUCCACAAGGCAGCAGAAUUCAGGGGUGAAGGGCUUCAUUCCACAUGAUUCGAAGGGCACAGUAACCUCAGAGCCUGGGUGUGUCACUUGUAUCUUUGCCCGAAUACCCGCCCCUCUGUACCCACUGUGCUGGCCCCUCCAUAGCCCCGCGAGUUCAGGAAGUCAGUAUAUCGCCUGGCUGUGGCAGUAUCAUUUCACUGUCAGGACUCACCAGGAUAGAGGCUGCCCUCUUUCCCACCCUCCCCUCGGCCCCACCUGGUCCCCUGCUUUCUAGUAGAGAGAGUCCCGGCUUCCCGGGGCUCAGGCAGAAUGCGGGAAGUGAGACCCUGGGGACAGUGCCUCCCCCAGAGAUAGCAGAAAGGCCGGUUGUGUUCUUCAUACCGACCGACAGCCCUCUUUUAGGGAAUGACCAUGGUGUGGCUUUGCCUGGUGAUGAGCUGGUUAAAUCCCAAAUAGGCUUUGGGCUCCUGUACGUACUGAGUCCUGUUGCUUUAAAACUGGGCAACACAACCUAGGCUCUAGCCAGCCAUGUCUGGGGUGGCCCUGAGAGCAUCCCUGUUUCAGUCCAGGCUGCUUGUUCUCAGGACCAUCUGAACCCCAAAGGUGGAGCGGGGCCUCGCCAGUGCCAGCAGAUGCUGUUGCUGACUUGAUCAUAAAGCCCAGGGUUCAAAAUAAGCCCAGCUGCGCCCUCCAGUCUGAUGGGGGUGGGCCGCUAGUUAAAUAUGAAACUAAACAGCUCAGGUGAGGCUUGCAUUGUGCGUGAGGUAGCAGGUUGAAAUAAAAUCGUCAGUUGCUUUGUGAAUGGUCAGGGCUUCUCAGGGGCUGGCUCCCAAGGCAUGGCAGCUCGCUGAAAGGGGUCUCGGGCAGCAAUCCUGCCAGGCCCUUUGCCAUCCACCAGCUGCUUCUGUACCUGAGCCUCCCCAUCCCCCAAGACUUCCAUCUGCCUCUUGAGGCUAUUUUCUCCGUUCACCCCAUUCACACGUCCUCAGAGGAAACCUCCCUCCUUCUCUCUCUGGUUUUUUUUUGUUUUUGUUUGUUGGUUUCUAAAACCGAAGCUCACCCAUGGGUCUGGACUGGCUUUUGUGUCGUUAGGUCUGGUUUUGGUUGUUUUUUUGUUCUAAGGAGAAUGGAAAGAAAAGGAGAGCGCUUUACAGAGGGCGCUCCCACAGAUGCUGACCUUUGUAAGUCUAGCGUUUUAGUUCUGUGACUACAAUGUAAAGUUUGCAGCUAUUAAAAGAAAAAAUCUGCCGCCCCA